CGAAUGUGAGAGUUGUGGAUGCGUCGGUUUUCCCGUUGGCUAUGUCUACUCAUCUCAUGGCGCCGACGUACGGCCUCGCAGAACAAGCUGCUAUCAUCAUUCGGGCCGCUCAGAACCCGCCUGGUAGUACCGCUACGAAUGGAUCGUCUGUGGCUAGUAGUGCUACGCCAAGUGCGACGACGAAGACUACGACAAAGACGAGUGGCGCUGAAAGUUUGAGGGGGAAAGGGGCGUGGGCUGUUUGGGUGGUUAUGAGUUUGGUUGCGGUUGUUGGGGUGUUUUGAGAAGGUAGGUGGCGUAAGCGUUUGGGUGUUGAAGGGAGGAAGGAGAUGUAGGUGCUCAGACUUGAAUAUAUGGACUUUAAUUAGCCUGUUCAAUCGGACGGACGUUUUUCCUCAC